AUGAAUGGUAGGCAACAAAAAAUAUCUCGGAAGCUUUCCAGACUAUUCCAGGCGGGUCGAUGAAUAACAUGACGCAUCCGAUGAACAGAACCGAAGAAAUGCCGCCGAUGCCACGAAACAUGACUUUGCAAUCGAGAAAUAGAUCCGACGAAGAAGAUGAAGGAGAGAUUCCGAGAAGCCGUCGCAGCAUCGUCGAUGACGUGGAAAACGCCGGAAAGAGCGCUCUGAACAAAGUGGAAACCGCCGGACAAGGAGCCGUCAAUACGGCCGAGGGAUGGGGACAGGAAGGUGCGGCUCUUUAAAGAAAACCUCUUUCUUUCUAACCAUUCAUUCAUUUUUGUAAUUUUAGGCCUGAACGCGGUGGAAAACGCAGGAAGCGCAGUGGUCACCGGAGCCAAAGGACUCAUCAACAAAGUGGAAGCGGCGAUUUGA